UAUGCGACUCUCCCAAUACCCUUCAGUUUACCACACCUCUAUCUUUAUAGUGCAGAAGGGCCCAUCUUAUCUCUUAUCCAUUAACUCCCGAGAAACGCCUAUGGAGGCUACGGAGAAAGGCCCACCUGGCAACGCCAUCAUGCCAAAAUGAAUGCAAACGCUCUCGAUUAUUAUGACUAGGUACCUCUCAAAUUCUCUCUUUGGCUGCAUCCUGUAAUGGCAACACAUCUCUAGCCACUAUAGCAACCCUUAUUUUCAUUACACAUAGGUAUGUCUCUUCCUACGACUAACUCGAAUGGCCAGUCUUCCAUCCGAAGUUUCUUCCACCCGAAACCGCCGUCGUAUGCUUCACCACCCACCGCAACACCUCCUGCGCAGCCAGCAGUUCCACCUCCCUCCUUACCACCACCGCCGCAAGCGCCCGGAGCGGCACCAGUCGCUGUCCUGCCGUUACCAGCGACGUCUCCAGACCCCGUCAACGCGUCGACUUUGAGGUCACCACCCCUCCACCCGCAAGCGACCAUCUCUCCAAUCCUCCCCGAGUACAUCCCCGCCCUUCGGCGCAUAACCUCUCUACUCUUACCCGUCAACUACCCAGACUCCUUCUACGCGCGUCUCUCCGAUCCCUUGUCCUCCGGAGCUUUCAGCCGCGUUAUCUUGUGGGACGACUUCCCCAAUGCCGACCCCAACUCACCCGUCGCCGCCAAAAAGGUGAUCGGAGGCCUCGUGUGCCGGCCCGAACCUUCACCCUUCAACCCCGCUUCCGCUUCAGCACCCCAGCAAUCCAUCUUUUCUGCGAAGUCGCACACGGUCCCAGGCGCCCAGCCCAACGCUCUCUACAUCCAGUCGCUCGUCCUGCUCUCGCCGUACCGGCACCUUGGUCUGGCUGCUGCCCUGCUGGACGAGGUUGUGAACCUGGCCGUGUGCAGCGCCUUCUCCUGCGAGACUGUGUACGCCCACGUUUGGACCAACAAUGAGGAAGGCCUGCGCUGGUACCUGGCGCGUGGGUUUAUCAAGACGGACGAGGUCCAGGGAUACUACUUCAAGCUACUGCCCGACAGUGCAUGGAUCGUGCGGCGGGAGAUCCGGGGCAGGGGUAGGGCAACUGCUGCCCUUGGACUGGGAGCACUGGGUGGAACAAAGGCCGGGACAGCAGUGACGACGACAACAACAUCAAUUAUACCGCCCAGCGCCACGGCCGCGGCGGCGAAUCUAACUCAGACACCAGCACCUCCAGUCCUGGCCAUUACAUCGCCGUCGAUACUCCCCCCGCCGGCGUCGAGGAGCACCGGACCCUCGCCAAACCGUAGCCCGGGAUUAGGUGGUAUGUCCUACCAGAACACACGGCCGGACACAGAGUGGAACGACUUGCCAGCCGAAAUGCACACGGCUGCAAGCUCGCGUUCGAGCUCACGGAGUAGCUCUACCGCGCGCAAGAAGCGAGAUCGAUCGUAUCCCGCCGCCGCUUUCGGCAAAUAGAUUCGCCUGCCCGGCCAUCCGGCGAGUCUGGCGGCGGCGCAAGAGCAGGAACUGCGCAAGUAUCUGCUCAUCAUUUCCCUGCAUACCAACUUGGCGAUGUAGGCAUAGUGUGGAGCGCCAGCGAUACGUGUAUACGAUGCUAUACUUGUCCCUCGCACCAGGCAUUCGAUCCGUGGUUGAGGGAGGUCGUUCCAUCUCGCCAGUCUUCAAAUCACCUUCCACUCUGGCUCGACCUGAUCUUUCCGAGGGUCAGUACGUAAAGGGGCUAGAUAACCUUUUGGCUUUGGUUGGAUUCUAGAAGGGAAGAGUCGCGAUUUGGGUGGGCGGUUUGCCAAUGGCACACCAGGAAGCAAGGGAUGCGUAGCGCAUGUUCCAGAAGCCCCUACUAAGUUUCGAUGUGUCGGGAACCCCUUUUCUUGUUUAAAAAAAAAAAGAAAAUAGUUGUAAAGAAUAAGAAGACAAGAAGACUUAGGCAAAGGAAAGAUAAGAUGAGAAGCACUCGGUGAAUUAUACAUAUAGUGUGUUCAUUAGUCCGUAAUAUCUUGAAUUGGAAUUUUGGGUUUAUAGAUUAGACUGAGUUGUGGGCUGGGAGUUAUCAACGACUGUUUCAUGGAAUUGAUUCUCUUUCGACAACUA